UGUAGGCAGGAGCAAUUUGUCCUUCCGCAGUGUUUCCAUUCAUGCAGGUUGAGGGCGACAGCUGAGAGUGGGAGGCUGCGGAGGGGCUGACGGACAAAUUAAGCCCACGGCUGUGAUCUAAUCUGCACAUCCAUCGGGAAGGGAGAAAGCACCCAGGAGGCACAGUCAUGUGUAGGGUCCGGCGUGUCCUCAAGGUGAGAAACGAGACUUCAUGAGCAGCGGGAUUGUCAAUGGAUGUAAAAGUAUAAGAAGUGCAGCAUCUGGACCGAGCGCCGCUAUCACGUAUUUACUGUAGUACUUGUGUACAUUAGCCGUGCACCUGUCUAACAGCGAGCUCCCCAUGCCAUGGAUCAUACUGCAGCGGCGGCCAAGCUAGAAGGCUCAUGUAUGGAGAGCGUCCCUGAGCUGAAGGAUCUGGAGAACAAGGUUGGCAGGAAGACCCCCGAGAGUUUGCUCAGGUGGAUGCGAGACGAUCCCGUGCUGCACCUGGGAGAGAGCGGACAAGGGCAGGGGGACAGCGGAGAGCACGGGCUUGCACACAAGAUCAGAGCGCUGAAACUGGAGCUGGCCUGCUUGAGGGCAAUUGAUGUCAAGAUACUUCAGCAGCUACUGGUUGUAAAUGAAGGGAUUGAAGCUGUAAAAUGGAUCCUUGAUGAGAAAGGAAACUUAACCAGCCGUUGCAGCAGUCUCACCAGCAGCCAGUACAGCCUGGCAGAAAGCCAGGGAACAUCUCGUAGAGGAAGUUGGAACAGUCUUCAAGACCCAAUAGAUAAACUUGACAGUAUCUCCAUUGGUAGUUACUUAGACACCCUUGCUGAUGACAUGGAUGAGUACAGUCUGAGCACCAGUGAACCAGUCGUAUCCUCCACUCCAUAUCGCCAAGCUUUUGCAUUUGGUGUGAUUGAACAAGAUGGAAGUAAACUGGACAAUGAAAGAGAUGUCUUUUCUCCAACAAUCACCGUACACGCGAAAGGGGAAAACGAGAAAACAAAAGUAGAAAAAGAUUGUUGUAGAGGAGAUAACACGGUUGUAUCUACCACUGGUCAAAAUACUCUGGAAAAAAACAGGGUCUCAAGAGCGGUGGGCCAGUAUGCAACAUCUCAUGUUGGUCAGACACCAAAUGGAUCUUUGGUUAGACAUGUGCCAGUUGCUGAGAAGUGUACAAAAGUGAAGUCUUCAACAGCAGAAAAGACAAGUAAAAGUAGUCCAAAAAUAAAAUCUAGUCAAAAUGGGAAAGUGGAUAUAGAAAAAUGUAAAACAAAUAGCAAACUUCACCUAGAAUAUGAUGCUCAUUGGCGCUGGGUACAAUCUCAGGAUGAUGUGACAUUUUUGUAAUGUUUUCUCCAAGAAUGCUUUCCAGAAAAUGUUUUCUUUCUAUUUGUGGAAUUUCCACUAUACAAGAUCUUUUUAAAAUUGCAUCUAUAUGCUGAACACCAGAGGAGCAUACAUUCAUUCUGAAAUAGCUGUGAUAAUAAGGUUAGCUUUGCCUUUGAUGGGCAUCAGGAUUAUACCCAGGAAUGACAUCAGAAGUGCUAUUUCUAUUGUUUAAAAAUGACAUUCAAAAAAAUGAUAAAGGGAAGGCAUGACCAAAAUGAACUAGUUUCUGCAGGCUUAAAGUCCUACUUUAGAGCUGCAGAGCAGUAAUCAGCAUAUUUCUGCUAACAUGCAUUUUAUUCAUUUUUUCAACAGAUGCUAAAACAGUGUUAUCUGAACUGAGUGAUAUAAAUCCCUUAUUUUCUGAUGCAGUCAGUAAAUGACAAGAUGCUGUAAGAGUGUAUUUGUACAAUGGAACCUCAGAUUUACGUUUCUCAGGGAACCGGCAUAAGCAUGUUAGUUUUAAGAUAAUGCAUUUUAGGUUAAUGGCAGUAUAAAAUCUAGUUGCAGAUUACAGGAAAUUGUAAUAUCCAAGAAUAUAAAUGGAGUUUUGACUGUAUUGCUUUGAGUUUGUACUUUUCAUUGUGUGGUUAUGGAACAACUGCUGAGUAAGUACAGUAAUCCUGUGUAGGUAAAUAUUAACUGUUCUAACUGAUUAUCCUUGCUUUGCAGACUAGAUAUAUUUCAGUUGUUCACUUUUAUUGUUUAUAUUUCCUUGGAUUUUUUAUUAAUUUAAAUAAUGCUGUUUAUGGAAAGAUACUAAUGCACAUCCAUAAACAGCACCUUUUAUUUUCACUAGAAAACACACUGAAGUUUUAACAUUGGACUUUUUGCAUCUAAGGAUGCAUUUAAUCCAGGUGUUGGUUCUAAAUACUUUUUGCAGGCAUUUUACAUGUUAUGAUUGCUUGUAGAAGCACGUGUCUUGCACCAAAGUUAGUGCGAUUUGCUGAUUUAAUACAUGACCAGUUGGAUUGCCUGCUAUUGGAUAUAAAUUGUUCAAGGCCUUGGAUUUAUAUACAUGCUCUUGUUCCCCAAGAACUGAUAUCAACCCCCAAGGCCUACUUGACAGUUGCUACUGAUGAGCAACAUAAACACCAGUCACGGUGCAUCCAAGUGUGCAGUGAUGUCACUAGAGUGUGCUGGGCCCCCCUGCAAAAAAAAUCUUCAGAGGGGCCUGGUGCACUCCAAUACCCAUCCUCCCGCCACUACCCCGCCCACUCCUUGACUCCACCCACUCCCCGCCCCAACUUGCAUCCAACUUCUUCGCCAUAGGUAAGAGAGAGGCUGGGGAGGAGCGCGGUUUCUAUUAACCCACCCUGCGAUUGUGGGAUCUGCUUCCUCUAUAGUUACGCCACUGCAAGUGUGGUAAAGCAGCAGGCAGGAAAAUUAACAUACAUCUUUGACAUCUUGUUAUUUUAGAAUCAUCCUCCCACAUACACACCCACUCUUAGUUAUGUGUUUUUUAUUUUUGAAAAAACAAAAAUGGUGUCUUGACUUUUGAAAUGCACAAACCACAGCAACAAUUUUGUUGAUUUCUAUGACAUAAAAAAUAGCUGCUAUGGAUAUAAGUUUAGUCACAAGUGUUCACUACUAGUAUUCCAGUGAGGUUUUCUGUAUUGCACAGAAAGGAGCACACGUUUUAAUUUUUAUACAUGUUAUAAUGAAUUGAUCUAUGAUGGAAAUAGUUUAUGUGAUACUUAACUUUUUAACAUUUUUGAUAAUCUUUUGUAGUGUUCAAAAUUGCAUUUAGUUUAAUCGGUUGGAUACUCUUCAGCCCUCCAGAUCUUAUAACUCCAAGAAACCCCUGAUAGCUAUUUGCUGUCAGAGGCAUGAUAUGAGGGGAGUUGUAGUUUGACAAUAUCUCUAGUGCCACAGGUUCAUCUUCCUUUACCUUAAAGACUUUGUCAUCUCUGGAACAGCAGUGUAACUGCAUUCUGCAGCUAUUUAUGGGGAGAAGAAAUGGGCACCUGCUAUUGCUGGCAUGACCAUAUGCUUUCAGGUGACCAAUAAAGUGUACAGAAACAAUAGAUUUGAAUGUACAGUUGCCAGCAACACUUUGGAGUCCUAUAGGAACAUUUUAGGUUAACUUCCUGACCUUUGCAAUGACAUUUACUAGGCACCCAGAUGCUAAAAAUGCUGCUCAUGGCAAAGCCUAAGGCCUGCACACCCUAAACAGCUCUGCAGUUUUCUUUCAUAAAGACUAGAGUCCCAGAAAUCGAAUCUACUUUCCUUUUAUAUUGUAUGUAUCUCUAAUUAACCGUUUUAUAAUCAUAAACAGCAAAAUCAAGUGCCAUGUUCUUUAUUCAUUGUAGUGAUUUUUUUUGUUUUUGCUUACGUAUUUUUUGUUUGUUAAGUGGUUAUUCUAAUUUCGAUUGGCAAUUUUUCAUUCUGAAUAAUGUAAGCAAGCUCUUGGGAGUCACUGAACUUGCAUCCUCUCAGUUGUUAUUGGUGUGUCUAUUUUGUCCUCUUCAUUCUAUAAAGCAUAACAGAUAAUAUAAUAAAAUAACUGAUGAUAAAUACA